CUUGUAAUACAGUUUUCUACGAUACCUAGGAGCUCCGCAGCAUCUUCGAUCCUUCUCCAUAAUGGCUUCCAUAUUGUCCACCAUCGCCUCGUAUCUUCCUCAACACGAAGGCCUCCUCCCAAAAUGGCUCCUUUUCAUCUCAGCUGUCUCGAUUGGAAACUCGAUCCAAACCUAUGCAACACUAUCCUAUACCGCUCGAGUCUACUCCGAGAACCCCUCCCUGAAGAACCCCCCUAAGAAGUCAGACUCGACGGCCCCCUCCUCCGCUGUCUCUGCCUACUCCCAUCCAACAUCUACCGUCACACCCCUCUCCGCAAGAACAUUCGGAACAUGGACACUGGUCCAAAGUAUGGUCCGUUUAUACGCGGCGUAUAACAUCAGCAAUCCCCAGAUUUACCAGAUGGCCUAUUGGACAUACGUUAUUGCCUUUGCGCAUUUCAUGAGUGAGUGGUGGAUUUUUGGGACCACAAAAUGGGGUGCCCCAUUAGCAGGCCCGGUAAUUGUGGCGAGUUCAAGUUUGAUCUGGAUGUGGUUGCAGUGGGAAUAUUAUGUUCAAUGAUCGCGAGCGGAGUUGGGAGAGCGAUCGUGGUUAUAGAAAAGACACGAUGAGGCAAGAAGUCUAUUAAGCUGAUCUAAUACUAAUACUGGAGCUGUUAUGGCUAUAGAUACCAAUUUAUUUCAGAUGCUUCCUGUAAAGUUCCCCGCCACAAUCCCUCAAUCUAGCAGCUGCUUGCUCAGGUGUGAUAUCCC